AUGCCGCGGCAGAUCAGCCACGAAGUUUUGAAUGCAUCCUCGCUGGCCGUCCAUUUCUCAUCGAUCCCGGACGAAGGUUAUUACAAAGGUGCAGCUCUGAAUGGAGUGAAUGCCCCAGAUUUUGGCGAAGGCCUUCUCGCCGACAAUUACGUUCACGGGCUCCUCGACUUGGACGACCGCCAGGCUGUAGACGGCCAGGGAGCCUAUCAAGACCCGAAUAUGCCUGAGAGGCUCCACUUAUGCCCCCAGUUCUCCUUACCGUUCGCUGAUGCGGGCCAAGCUGGCAGAGCCGAAGUGGCACCCGAGCUUACUACCCGAGAGUCGCCCGACUUACCCCUUUUUGACCUACAAGAUGGCUCUGAUGGUCUUCAAGAUCAGAACGGCAGUUGUGCAGAGUUCGAAGCUUUCUCUCGUCGCUUGGAACAGCUGCAGAGCGAUCAGACCCCUUUAGAGACGAAAAAGACGAUGUUCUCUGUGAUUGUCGAGAAAGUCCUCCCAUAUCGAUAUGGCGACGGUGCACGUUCUUUCCCCUGCUUGGCGUUCUACGAAACGCUCCUUUACAACGAGGCGAGCCGUGACGUCAAGAAGUUUGGUGCUAAGUGUGCUGCCUGGUUUGGGCAACUGACAGUGGAGGAGGCUGACCGCUACUCGGCCACAAUCACUGAAUAUCACCAAUCCCUGCGCUCGGCUGUCUCUACCUGCCAGCAGGAGGUUAUGGCGAGCCAGAAGAAGAAGACGCGGAAGUCAGCCAAGACCUCUCGUAUCACUGACCAUCAGAAUCAGUUGCUCAAAACCGAACUUGAGAAACCCUUGACAGUUGGGUACGAUGCGCUGAUCGACGACCUCGAGGAGGCUUCGAUUUUGGAUAGAGCGUAUUUGCAGCACUUGCGCCAAACCUUCACAGUCCACGUUGAGGAUCCAUCUUGGCCCUCGACGAAGGAAAAGCGCCGCGCGUAUGUGAAGCAGAUAUGUGAGGCCAUUUUCGACAUGGGAGACUUCCAGGAGAAGAAGUACGCGCUGGAAAAGUUGGCGAAGCUGGAGGCCAAGCGCGGCAUCACUACUGAAGCUGGUGCCAGGGAUGAGGCUGGUUCCUCAAGAAAGCGAAAACUGGGCCAAGACAUGCCGAAGAAGAUCCCAGGGCUUAGCACAUUCGAUGCUGUGUACGUGGAUCCGAGAAGUACUCCAACUCACCUACUCCGAACGGUAACCCGAUGUGACAUCAAGAACAUCGAGCGUACCGCGAUGUCUUGCCAGGAUGGAUGGGAAUUGAAGCUUCACUGGAGUGGAGAUGGCUGCCCAGGGUGGGAACGGUAUGACACCUUUGAGGAGCGAUGGGAUCAAAUCUGCUUCAACAUGCGGCAUCACAAGGUCACAAUUCAUUCUGCUUUACGCGGAGAUUGGUUGAGCAGACUCGCAGCUGGCCCUGUUGGAGAGCGAAAGAUGAAACUGGGAAACAAGUCCGUCAAUAGCACCCGCGAUGUGCAAAAUGAGCUCGGUCGCGCGGAGCUGAAGCGUCAGAAGACCGGUGCGAGACCUCAGUCUAAGGCCGAUUGA